AUGUUUAUUCUCAAAGUUCAGGAUUCCAGCUACGCUGGACUCCUUGACGUGGAAGGUGGGAAGCGUGCAUUCAAUACUGCCAUCUCUCUCCUUCGGCGGGCGUCUCUGGAAGAUAAUGACCUGCCUGGUCGGACUUCCAAGAUCCUUGCUCAGUUAUGGGCCGGCCAAGGAUCCUCCAAACAAACAACUGAGGAGCCAAGUCUCCAAUUGCGCACGCGAUUGGCAGCGAGUCUCCUUCACGAUUCUUUGUGGACAUGGCGAAAAAGAUUUGGCGGCCAAGGCACUGUUCCCCACACGCCUUCCCCUCUAGCACCCGCAAAUGAAACCCGCAUCAGCUCUGCGGACGAGGAUCAAUUUCCUUUUAUGACAGACGAAAUAGCACUCGACGGGCAAGACUUUGGAGACGUCUUUGAUGCCGAAAUACUUUCAUUGCUUCCGUUCAGCGUCGAUGGCGAUCCGUCAUGGCAACCAGCAGUCUAA